AUGAGAGCAUUUUCAGCAGCAACCGUCAGGGCCACAACUAGGAAGUCGUUCAUCCCAAUGGCACCAAGAACACCUUUGAUGACAUCUUCGUUUGUGAGAGUAGGAACUCCACUGACAAGAUCGAGAUACUAUUCUGACGAAGCAAAAAAAGAAGAAGCCAAAGACGGCAGUGAAGAUUUAACUGAAGAACAAUCAGAACUCAAGAAGCUAGAGAGUCAGUUAAAUGCAAAGACCAAGGAAGCUUCUGAACUUAAAGACAGGUUAUUAAGAUCUGUGGCCGAUUUCAGGAACUUGCAGCAAGUCACUAAGAAAGAUAUUCAGAAAGCCAAAGACUUUGCUUUACAGAAAUUUGCUAAGGAUUUAUUAGAAUCCGUAGAUAACUUUGGCCAUGCAUUGAACGCUUUCAAAGAAGAAGACUUACAAAAAUCCAAGGAAAUCAGUGACUUGUAUACAGGUGUUAGGAUGACAAGAGAUGUUUUUGAAAACACUCUAAGAAAACACGGUAUUGAGAAAUUAGACCCUAUGGGAGAACCAUUUGAUCCUAAUAAACACGAAGCAACAUUUGAACUGCCACAACCUGAUAGGGAACCUGGUACUAUUUUCCAUGUACAACAACUAGGCUUCACCUUGAAUGACAGGGUCAUCAGACCAGCUAAAGUCGGCAUUGUUAAAGGCGAAGACAACUAA